AUGAUACUUGCCAACGAGGAAGCUGCCGGGUUUAGCCAUCAAUCCUUCGCUCUUGUUCUUCCGGCCACAAUAGUGUCGUAUGCCGCGGGACUAAAAAUAAAGGACUACGUGAAGUCGGGAUCAUAUCCGACGGCAACCAUCUUAUUCAAGGGGACGGUAGUUGGGGACCUGUUUUCUCCGGCCAUUUUUUACUAUUCGUCGAGAGGGCCCAACAAACAAACCCUCGAGAUCUUGAAACCAGACAUCAUUGGACCAGGCGAAAACAUUCUGGCAGCGUGGACGCCUUUGGGCCCCCCAGAUAAUUCGGGGCUCAUUUACAAAAUCUUCUCGGGCACAUCAAUGUCGUGCCCACACCUCAGCGGCAUAGCGGCUCUGAUGAAAAGUGCCCACCCCAAUUGGUCGCCGGCAGCCAUAAAAUCAGCAAUUAUGACGACGACUGAUCUUGUGAAUGCCCAAAGCCGGCCGGUUCUUGACGAGAAUCUUAAUCCAGCCGACAUUUUGGCGGUGGGCGCUGGACAUGUUAACCCAUCUAGGGCGAUUGAUCCUGGUCUAGUCUACGACAUUGAAAUGGAAGACUACAACGCGUACAUAUGUGGCUUGGGCUACACGAAAGAACAAGUUGAAAUAAUCACACAAGACCCGACGGUCAACUGCACGACCAGAAUUGAACAAGGACAGCUCAACUACCCCACAUUCUCGGUUUUGCUUGGUCCGUCAACAACUUUUUCGAGCACGGUCACUAACGUUGGUGAGCGAGUCGCAAGUUAUUUUGUGAAGAUUUUCACGCCACAAUUUGUGGACAUUGUCGUGAAGCCACGUAAGCUGCAUUUUACGAGGUUGAACCAGAAAGCGACGUAUCGCAUGACAUUCUCGUGGUCUAACAGCAGGAUUAUAUGGAGUAAUAGUUCAAUGUUUACCCAAGGUUUCUUGCUCUGGAAAUCAGCGAAGCAUACGGUCAAGAGUGUUAUAAUAGUGAAAUUGACUAGACCAGUGCAUUGA